AUGAGCGUCGCUGUUGGACUUUGCGCAUGUGGGGUUUCGUCGGUUUUUUUCGGGUCCAUGUUCGUACCUAUUAGGAAGUAUGAUGCUGCAGAUGGGAUGUUUGCACAAUGGGUCAUGUCAGCUGCGAUUCUUUUCAUCGGCUUUCUCGUCUUUUGUCUUCAGGGAUUUCCAGGUUUCUAUCCGCUAGCGAUGCUCGGUGGAACGUUUUGGACUAUUGGCAAUGCAACAGCAAUUCCAAUCAUUUCCAGACUUGGAAUGGCUCUUGGUAUUCUUAUCUGGAAUACAACUAACUGCUUAACGGGUUGGGCAGGAGGAAGGUUUGGUCUCUUUGGAAUGAAGCCAAAUCCGCCAGAAAGUGACAUUCUAAAUUACGGUGGAUUACUUUUUGUGAUUAUAGGAGGUAUCCUCUUUUCAAGAAUAAGAAGUGAUUCAAAUGAGGAAGGUACUGAAAAAGCUAGCAUAGACUUAGUUACAGUAAAAAAUCAAGAGUCACCGGAAAAGGAACCACUAGCAGAUGUGGAGGUGAAAACUUUGGAGAAAGAAGGGAACUCUGAACAACAGAUGGUGAAUUUGCAAAAAGGAAAACAACGGAUAAUUGGUUUCGCUAUGGCAUUGAUAGCCGGUGUAUUCUAUGGAAUGACGUUUGUUCCUGUGAUCUACAUGAUGGAUAAUCCAGAAAAAUUCCCUGGUUAUCCACAGGAUGGCUUGUCUUAUGUUUUCUCACAUUAUUUUGGAAUAUUCCUCACUGCUACGGCUAUAUUUAUUGGCUACGCCCUCAUCAAGCGGAACCGCCCGAUUGUGCCUCCGUUCAUAUUUCUACCGUCGUUUUUGUCUGGUUUGCUGUGGGGAAUUGCUCAGUCCUCCUUCUUUAUUGCCAAUCAACACCUCUCCCAAGCAGUUACUUUCCCCAUAAUAACAAUGCUGCCUGGUUGUUUUGCAUCAGCUUGGAGUAUACUGUACUUCCAUGAGAUAAAGGGUCGAAGGAAUCUAACAUUUUUCGCUGCUGCCAUGGUUGUUACCUUGACUGGAGCAAUGUUAGUUGGACUUUCUAAAGCAGUUCAUCUUUAG